AUGCAGUCGGCAAGGGGGAAGGCCGAGUUGCAUGGUCGCAAGGCCAAGCUCGCCAACUCGUAUCAAGAGCUUCUCGACGAGUUUUCCAAUAAAGAUCUCAAAUCCGUCGGCAAUUACACUCUCGGGCGCCUAGUUGGCAAGGGUUCCUUUGGCAAAGUCUACCUUGCCAGCCACAAGCUCAUUAAUAAUUCCAAGGUCGUACUCAAAUCGGCCAACAAAGGCGACUCCAAUCUCGCUCGUGAGAUCCAUCACCACCGUCAAUUCGUCCACCCCCACAUCGCCCGUCUAUACGAAGUCAUUGUAACAGAAAACCACGUCUGGUUGGUCUUGGAAUAUUGCGCAGGAGACGAACUAUACAACUACCUACUCAACCAUGGCCCUCUCCCCGUCGACAAGGUGCAAAAGGUCUUCACCCAGCUCGUCGGGGGCGUGUCCUACGUCCAUCAGCAAAACUGUGUGCAUCGCGACCUGAAACUUGAGAAUAUCCUCUUCGACAAACACGAAAAUGUGAAGCUAGUCGACUUUGGCUUCACCCGCGAGUACGAGGGCAAGUCGAACCAUCUGCAGACCUUUUGCGGCACCAUCUGCUACUCGGCACCCGAGAUGCUCAAGGGAGAAAAAUAUGCCGGGGAAAGAGUCGACGUCUGGAGUCUGGGCGUCAUCCUUUAUGCCCUGUUGUGCGGUGAACUGCCUUUCGACGACGACGACGAUAACGUGACCCGGAGGAGGAUCCUGACCGAAGAACCUAACUAUCCCGACCACCUGCCACCGGACGCCGUGUCUCUCAUCAAGUCCCUCCUCUCGAAACGACCACUUCUCCGCCCAUCGUUCCCCGACAUCCUUGCCCACCCGUUCCUCUCCGAGCAUGCGGCCGCGCAGCAGGCGAUACUGCAACGUCAAGCUCCGCCGCCAUUCUCCACUCACCUGGAAAAAGAGACCCUGCAUCGCAUGAAGGGCGCGGGAGUCAACAUCGACGCCGUCAUCGAAAGCGUCCUCUCUCAGCGCUGCGACGCCCUAGCCGGAUGGUGGUCCCUGUUGAUCGAGAAGGAAGAGAGGAAGGUGCGCCGCCGGGAGCAGAAGCGACGGGACAGGGACACCGACAGCAGGAGUCUCCGCCGGCUAUCCGCUGCGUCGAGCAGGCUCGAGAGGAUGUCGGCCUUGCUUGCCGAGAUGGACGAAGACGGACGAGUGACGAGGCACAUGCACACGCCCCGAACGCGCGGUAGGUCCGAACGUCGCAGUGCGCACUACGCCGACUUUGAGCUGCCUGGCCUCCCGGAACACGGCAAGGAGAGCGGCAACACGAGUCCGGAUGUGGCCCCUCCGCCCGUAGACAAGGAUUCCAUCCGCUCGGUCAGCACGUCCCGCCACCGUCGUCCCAUCCCACCGCCGAAAGAAGGUGUGGUCCGCAGCGCGCGAUCCAGGGGGUCCACUCUCCAUCUUGUGACCACGUCGGAUGCUCUCUCUCCUGGCGGGACAUCGACCGAACAAGAGGGCGAGCCGCAGAAAGUGAGGAAGAAGCCGUCCCAAGCGAUCGUGGCCACGUGGAAGAAUUGGACACAUUGGUUCUUUGAAAACACUCGGAGGGCCAAGAACGCCAAUAAGAAGGGCAGCCAUUCGACCCCGAACCUCCACGGCAAGAACGGGAACGGGAACGGGAACGGGAACGGGAAUGGUCCCGGCGGCAAGCGUUCCCGCUCCAAGGAGCCGAGUCCACGGCCACAGACGAGCAAGUACCCCACAACCGACUCAUCGGGGGGUCCCAAGACGAAGGCUUCGUUGCCGCGUGGCGUAGUGGCUAACGGUCACAUCGCCAAGACGAAGUCACCGUCGCCCCAGCCCCAGCCCCAAGGCAGCCACAACAGCUCUGGCUCGUACGGAUCGAGGAAAACGAGAGCGACCCAGGGGCAGGCGCCUCCGAGGAUCGUCACGAAUACAGCCUAUAAACGGCAGUCUCUGUCGCCGUCUCCGUUGACACCCCGGUCCACCAUGCGGCGCUCAUCCGCAGGCCUGCGCGGGCGAAAGUCCACCUCGUCGUCGGUCUCUUCCAUCCGCUCCAUGCCCCACCACCAUCACACGCACUCGAAAGCCUCGUCGACAAGCUCCAACGGAUCCGUGUCGACCUCCAAGACGCCCCUCCAGCGCGGCCACUCGCCACACCACUCGGUCAAGGUGCUUCCCGCCCCGCCCGUCGCGCUGUCCUUCCCUUCCAACCUGCGCCUCGUCAGGGGCAACGGGAUCCCCGCGCCCAUCUCCGUCUUCAACGAGGGCAUGCCGUUGCCGUCGUCGCCGCAACCGCAACCCCCGGGGUCGCCCAACCCUUUCGCUUCGGGGGGUGUCCUUUUCGCCAAGCGAAAGCGGAACCUCUUCAAGGGGCCCAUGCAGUCGGGCGGGCACGGGACGAGGAACACGGGGUCGGGGACACAUUCGCGGUCUGCGAGUUCGUCGGGGUUAGGCCGCAGGUCGGGCGAGAUUACGAUACAAGAGGAGGAGGAGGAUGAGGAGCACGGCGCGGGGGGCGACGAGUACAUCGAGGAGGUCGAUAAUUUCACGCCUACGAUUGCCGGGCCUGGUGAGCGGGUCGAAGAGCGACUUAUUGAGGAGGAGGACGACGGAAAGGGACUUGGACACGGGACCAGUCUGGGGGAAGGGAGUGGUAAUGAUCGUGAGGAAAGCCCUUCUCCGCUGCCGUCGCCUGCAGUCAUACCUCCACCCGUAUCCCAACAUGCGGCGUUGGAGGCGAAAACGGCAGUCUGA